CUUUAACAGUCUAACACCAUAAGAUCCAGCUACAGGGGAUAUGGCCACAGCACGAGAACAAAAUGCAAGACUGGCACUGUAUGAAAAGUAUGUUCCAGAUGUUGGAAGUUAUAACUUAAUACAAAGCUCAUGGAAUACACUUAGUUUUUCUCUGGACUUUCCAAAACCACCACGACCAGGUAUAAAGGCAAGGUCAAAGCCUUCAGAUUUACAAAGAAACAAAGUUACUAAACAGGAUAAACUGGAGUCCCUACCCUUUGAAGUAACCUCCGAACCCUCAGCAUUUCAAUUUUCAAAUGCAUCAAAGUCAGCUCCUGAAGAGCCCACCGAGGACCUUUCCGAAGGCCCUAUCUCCUCUGGGUCUCCCCAGGAACCAAUAUUGGGAACCUCCCCGCAACUUUCCCAGGAGCCAAUGCCAGGACCCAUUAUGGAGCCCUCCCCAGGGCCAGCAAAGUCACACAAAGGAUUUUUUAGAAUAUUUUCACUCCUUAAAAGGAAAAAGCCAUCUCCUACUUUGGUUACCAGUGCAGUUGCUGUUUCAACAUCUCCCACAAAAAGCAAUGAAACCAAAUCACCCCCAGGCAUUGUAGUUUCCUCUUCAGCUACCUCUAAGGAAAGUGAUUUAAUAAUUUCCAAGAAACAGGAUAAAUCAAAUUUUCCACUUGCUAAGAUAAACUCUAAAUCUUCACCAUUACUUUUCACCCCACCACCAGAGUCUUCAUCCAAGGCCCUGGCUCCAGCACUUCCUGAGAUUCCCACCACCAGCCCAUUAAAGUCACACAAAGCGUUUUUUAAAUUACGUUUACUUUCCAGAACUAGAAAGCCAUCUCCCAUUUUGGCUUCUAAAGCUGUUUCCGUUUCAACAUUUCCUUCAAUGGCCAAUGAAACCAAGUCACCUCCAGCUCUCAUAGCUUCCUCUUCAACUACUCAGGCUACCGCUAAGGGAACGUCAACUCUAGUGAACACCAGCAAUUCACCUUUGUCUGUGGAAGUCAUAGCCCCACAUCCAGCAACUUGUCAAACAGUGCUUCCCAAAGCAAGACAAGCCACUGUUUUGUUGUUUACCCCCUCUGUCAAAUCAGCCACUGACAACCAAGCAAACCUCAGUAUUAGUGACCCAUCUGGAGCUGCUAUGAGAAGUCCUGGAGAAACGAUUAACUUAAACAGAGCUACAUCUACACUGACUCCUGGGGCAUCUCUGCAAAAGAAAGCAGUGUUGAGAUCUGCACCACUGGAGAUCAUACCAGAUCAUCUGGCCUUGGAACGGAUAAGUAGCCAGCCACAAGUCCCCUCAUGACAACAGCAUAGAAGGUGAGCAGCCCAGCAAGUAUCACUUGGGAGAGCACGACAAUUGCCAAAUGAACAUCCUAAGGAGAAGGGCUGCUACAUUUCAGAAAGCUCAUCUGAGUAUUUCAGGGUACUGCAAAAUAAAAGAUGUAACGAUCAUUCCUGUCUAAAGAAUGGAGCAUUCUUGCCAACUGUCACUUUGGCCAACAUUGUUUAAAUCCUGUCCUGGGUGUUUGCAUUAAUGGGUGGCUGCUUGAUAUGUCAAAAAAAAAUAACCCUGACAUCAUGCAAUUAAAGUUCACUGUGGAGAACAAAGCGACCUUAUGUAGAUCAACUUAGAUUUUUAUUGGAUUGCUUAUAAGUAAUCCUUGCCUAUGGAGGCGAGAACUAGAGCAGUAGUGGCUUUUUCUGGUAUUUGAGCAUCAGGAGCUCAGAGCUGCAAUGCUGUAGGUGGCAUAGGAUGGGGAGAAUUCUAAGUUGUUCCUGCUUGAAUACUCAUGAUCCACAAACUAGAGGGAUGUUAAGCACACACGGGCAAUGAAUAGGUUAAUGGGCCUCAGAAGGUAAUCGUGCCGGCUGGCUGAAACUGGAGUGGGGGGCCAGACUUUCAGCUGCGGAAGGACCUGGGUGGUUGCUUUAAAGCAGAAGUCUCCAGACUUUGUAUGCACAAGAUCA